AGAAACUUUGGGACUGGCUCCGCUCUUGGUCCGGUAUGAGACUCUGAACCGGGACUUGAACACACGCAGAGUUCUGGACCUGGUUUAGUCCUGGUUUAGUCCGGGUCAGUCCCACUAUGACCUCGCGGUAAUCUCACGCGCUGGUGUCGGAGUGAGGGCGGAUAUGGCUCGGGUAUGUUCGGGCCUCUUCGGGCUUUUUUUCUUUCUCUUCGUGGGUCUGGAGUCGUGGACGCGCGGCGCGGGACAGACGGGCGCGUUCACGAGGGUGUACGUGGUGCAGCCCGGAUCUGGACCUGGGUCUGGAUCCAGGGACGCGCUCAGGGUCAGCUCCAUCGCCACGGCCACGCGACACACGCACGCGCACAGUGGAGCGCAGAGCCGCACGCGCAGGAUGGGCAUGCAGCAGACGCACAAGCACGUGCUCAAAGAGUCGGGGGUGAAUGUGUGUGGAGGUCAGUGCUGUCACGGCUGGAGUAAAGCUCAGGGCUCUCACCGGUGCACCAAACCUAACUGUAUCCCUCAGUGCCAGAAUGGAGGGAUGUGUCUGAGACCUCAGCUCUGCGUCUGUAAACCAGGGUCCAAAGGUCAGUCCUGUGAAGUCCAAACUGGAGUCCCAUCUGGAUCUGAACCAGACCAGACCCAAGUCCAGUCCAACGGGGUCCCGACCACAGAUGUCCAGACUCCCGUGGUCCAGAAUCCAGGUCUAGUCCCGGGACUGGUACCACAGCGACCCAUUCCACAGCAGGUACUCCCUCAUGGGUUUGUCCAGACCAGAGUCCAGACCGGGGUCCAGACCAGCGGAGUCCAGACUCGAGUCCAGACCGGAUCAGGACCGAUGAAGUUCUCAGUGAAGCCUCAGUACAUCCAGCAGCACAUCCAGCAGCAGAUUCGCCCUGCUCAGGUGCUCCCAGGACAGAGCCAGUUUCUCCUGAAGCCCAAAUACUACCACAGCCGCAGCACCCAAACCCACAGCACCCACAGCACCCACAGCACUCAGUCCACUCACUCCACCCAGGGACACCCUCAGAGUGGGCACCCACAACUGGACAGAGCCAUCCCCCUGUCAGUUGCUCCACAUCCACACUAUGGGGGGAACCACACUGGGAGGAUAAAGGUGGUCUUCACUCCAACCAUCUGUAAAUUCACCUGUGUGGGCGGAGCCUGCAGAAACACGUGUCACCAAGGCAACACCACCACCAUCAUCAGCGAGAACGGCCGAUCAACAGACACGCUAACAGCCCCCAACUUCAGAGUGGUGGUGUGCCAUCUGCCUUGUAUAAACGGAGGAAAGUGCAGCUCUCGGGACAAGUGCCAGUGCCCACCCACUUUCACUGGGAAAUUCUGCCAGAUGCCUGUUCAUCACCAGGGGGAGCAGCAGUACCACCAACAGCAGCAAUAUCAGGUGGCAGACACCGGGGCCGCUGCAGGGACACAGGUCCACUCCACACACACCCUGCCCCUCACCUAUGGAAAUGGACACACCCCAGUUCAGAAUCCCAGUUAUGUGAACGUCCAUGUCAAACAUCCUCCAGAGGCGUCGGUCCAAGUGCACCAGGUGUCACAGGUGGACAACUUCAACCCCGCCCACCUCUCACCUGGCUCCGCCCCCUCCUCCCCGGGCUCCUCCCUCAUGUACUCACCUGGUUCCUCCUACUCGUACUACAGUUACAAAUUGCCUCCUCAUUCAGUUUAUCCAGCGUCCAAGAACACUUUGGGCCGGUGCUUUCAGGAGACCACCGGCACACAGUGUGGUAAAGUCCUGCCUGGGCUUUCAAAGCAGGAGCAGUGCUGUAACUCCAUCGGGACGUCCUGGGGCUUCCACCAAUGCAACAAGUGUCCCAACAAACCAGCUGUGCCUCUGAUUGACUGUCCUCACGGAUACAGGAGAGUCAACGCGUCUCACUGCCAAGAUGUAGACGAGUGCAUGGUUCCUGGGAUCUGUCCGAAUGGAAACUGUCUGAACACAUUGGGAAGUUACCGAUGCUCGUGUCACUCUGGGUUCAUGCCCGACUCCAGCCUCACCCUCUGCAUGCACGACCCCUCCCUCCCCCCUGCUCCACCCCCCGUACCAGAGGAGAAGGGUGCGUGUUUCCGAUUGGUGGGCUCCGGCCGACAGUGUCUCCACCCAGUGUCGGCUCAGCUCACCAGGGCCCUCUGCUGCUGCAGCGUGGGUAAAGCCUGGGGCCCCCACUGUGACCGCUGCCCCUCCCUUGGAACAGCUAAGUUCAAGGAGAUUUGUCCUGGAGGAAUCGGCUACACCGUCCUCCCAAACCCAGUGUAUAAGCAUGUGGUGCCCCAAGAGCCAGUGCAACCGAUCCCAGCUGUACAGAGACCUCAGCCCCAACCGGAACCACAACCUGAACCACAACCAGCUCCACCACCGGUCCCGAGGCCAGCCCCUGCACCUCUGCCCACCCCUGAGAGCCCAGUGGUGGCUUUCGGGUACACAGAGCAGCCCCUCCCAGAGUUGAUUGAGAAAACAUCUCCUCCAGCUCCAGUGGAGAUCCUCCCCUCCAACGCAGGACAAGACCUGGCACCAACACAGCAUGCAGAGGUGGACGAGUGCCAGAUAAACCCCUACAUCUGUGGACCGGGACUCUGCUACAACUCUGCGCAGGGCUUCACCUGUCACUGCCCUGAUGGGUAUCACCAUGACGACCAGCUAAAUACAUGUACAGAUGUGGACGAGUGCCUGCUGAGGCCCUCCCUGUGCUCUGGGGGGCGCUGUACAAACACAGAGGGCAGUUUCUGGUGCCAGUGUCCCAGAGGAUUUACUGUGGAUGAGGACGGGAGCCGCUGUGUCGACAUCGACGAGUGCUUGAACCAAACUGUGUGUGCGUCUGGGAUCUGCUCCAACGCUCCAGGAGGCUUCAGCUGUGGCUCGUGUGACCCAGGAUACGAGGCCCGAGGAGGGGCUUGUGAAGACGUGGAUGAGUGUGCAGACCCCAGCGUGUGCACGAGGGGGCACUGUAUGAACACCGAGGGCUCGUUCAGCUGCGACUGUGGCCCCGGAUUCAGAGAGUCGUCGUCCGGGCGCCAGUGUGACGACAUAGACGAGUGCGAGACUGCCCCUUGUGGCUCUGUGGGGGACUGUGUGAAUAACAUGGGCUCUUACUCCUGUAUCUGCCCCAACGGCUUCAGAGAGGGACUGGACUCAAGCAACGCAACCACAUGCACCGAUAUAGAUGAGUGUUCAGAGGACCCAGACCUCUGCUCUCCUCACGGUGACUGUCUGAACACUGAGGGCUCUUUCCUGUGUGUUUGUGAAAGUGGCUUCACCUCCAGCCCCCACUCACCCACCUGUGAAGAUAUAGAUGAGUGCGGUCUGAAUGACACCCGCUGUGGCCCUCACGGCUACUGUGAGAACAGACUGGGCACCUUCAGGUGCCUGUGUGACCAGGGCUACCAGGAGGGGGCACAAGGACACAGCUGCACUGAUGUGAACGAGUGUGAGCUGCUGAGCUCUGUGUGUGGAGAGGCUCAGUGUGUGAAUGUGGACGGCUCCUUCAUCUGUGUGUGUCCUGCGGGAUACGAGCACAAUGUCAUUUUGGCAAAGUGUCAGCCCAUACCUACAGUGUCGUCGGUGGAGCAUAAAGAGUGCUACUUCCGUCUGAACGAUGAAAAUCUGUGUGAAUCUGUCCUGACCUCCUCAGUCACCCUCCAGGAGUGCUGCUGUACGGUGGGAGCAGGGUGGGGUGACAACUGUGAGGUGCAUCCGUGUCCUGUUAAUGGAACAGAUCACUUUGAGCAGAUGUGUCCUUCAGGCAGAGGCUUUAUCCCAGUUGGAGACUCUUUGUAUGGAGUCCAGACCAGAACAAUUUAUAGAGAUGCAGAUGAGUGUGUGCUCUUUGGACAAGAGAUUUGUAAAGGAGGCUUCUGUCAAAACACAGAGGGAAGCUUCGAGUGCUACUGUAAAACUGGACAGGACUAUGACGCCAGUCGGCUUGAGUGCAGAGAUAUAAACGAGUGUCUGGAUGAGUCGGUCUGCUCUGGAGGACAGUGUAUGAACACAGACGGAUCCUUCAUGUGUUUUUGCACCCACCCCCUAGUGUGGGAUCAGACACAGAACACAUGUGUACUAUUGUCAGAUACUACAGAGGUGCACUCAGAGGAGGGGCAGGACUUCCAGGGCCUGUGUUGGCAGGUGGUGACCGAGAGCCUAACCUGUACUCAGCCUCUGGGCCCUGAGAGGAAGACCACCUACACUGAGUGCUGCUGCCUCUACGGGGAGGCCUGGGGAAUGGAGUGUGCCCUGUGCCCGCCCCGUGACACAGAGGACUACGCUCAGAUGUGUAACCUGCCGUUCGGAGGUCGUCCCGGGGCAGGUGGGGGAAGACCUUAUGGGCGCGAUGCUUUGGUGGCGGCUCCAGUUGAGACCUAUGAAGUCCCAGAACGGGCCUCAGUCUACUAUGACUAUGAACAACCCUCCUCUGAUGCGUUUGAGGGCCUUCAGUCAGAGGAAUGUGGAGUUUUAAACGGUUGUGAAAAUGGACGUUGCGUUCGAGUUCAGGAGGGAUUCACCUGCGACUGUUUCGACGGAUUCAGUCUGGACCUGUCCCGCAUGGCCUGUGUUGACGUGGACGAGUGCUCGGAGUUGAACCGUCGCAUGUCCCUGUGCAAAAACUCCAAAUGCAUCAACACCAUAGGCUCGUACCGCUGCGAGUGUUUGCCGGGCUUCAAAAUGUCUGCCAGGGCCAACUACUGUGUCCACGAAGGGGCACAAGAGGGGCCGGGCAGGCAGGAGCAGGACCGAAAGGAGCAGAACCGACAGGACCAGAGCAGACAGGACCAGAGCAGACAAGAGCAAAGGAGGGCCAGGCACAGGCACAGAGCAGCCGCACACUGAGGCCAGGAGAGGGAGCUCUGGAUCACACACAGACAGAGCAUGUACGAGCGCCUGGCCACACAAGGGUGCUACCACAGAGGACUGCAGCAGACUCGUCCUGUAGGGGGCGCCACUGGACACUACAGAACAGGACUGAAGUCUGGGGUUCACACUUUGAGGAAAUGACGGCGAAAAAUAACUUGAGAGAAAUAUUUGCUUUUAAUGGGUGGUAUAAAGGCAGAGUGGCAGAGUGGUUAGCUUAUGGUCAGGCCACAUGGGGACUUUCUACAUCUAGUUUGAAACCUUCUUUUGUCUGGAUUGGUGGCAAAUUCAAAAAUAAAAAAAUAUAUGUCUUUUAUACUGACCUGGAUCCUGACUCAGAUCUGGUCCACUGCUCAUGACAGGUUUAACCCAGUGACAAUGAAAUAUGGGUCAAAUGCAGGUUUAACCCAAAGACACAGAUGGAUGAGUUAAAUGCAGAGGACACAAUACAUUAAACCUUACCUAAACAGUGUUUCAGUCUAUAUAACUUAUCUUGCCAAUUUUGAAACCAAUGUUCAUCAUCUCCAUUUUGUAGUUUUAAUUUUGGUAGCAGGGGCGGCACCAGGGGGGACUGGAGGGGGGCUUAGCCUCACCUCGAAUGGCCCCCAAAGAUUUUUGCCCCACUUUCAAUUUUUCUUGACUAAAAAUGAGACUACAAUAAAAAAUCACUACAGGAGAUGCCUACAUUUGAACCAUUGAAGAUCUUGGCACCUCCAUAGCUCCUUCAACCAAAAAUGUCUGGCACCGCCCUUGAGUUUGAAUACUUUGAGUAUCUCCAAGUAGUAGCAUCUGAAAUAAAAGCUCAUUUAUUUCAUAAUCCAAACCAAGUCUUUGUCAAACUGGGUUCAUUUUUUACUCCGUCUUCAAAAUAAAAUCUUAGAUUUGUCUUUAACCUAGCAAUCGAGACCGAUAUAUCUCUGUAUUUUUUAUAUAGAGGGACAUCAGUCUGGUCCCCACUCCCUCUUGGGCCUGAACCAAACACCACUGUCCACCACCAUCCAAUCCAAGAUUUGACACAUGUGCAAGACUUUUAUGUACAAAUAGUACAAAAUAUAAUCUAUCCACAAGUGACCAUAUAAAUAUAAACAUUUAAUCUUAUAGAGAAUAGAGCUUUCAAAAUAAAAGCUCUUCUCUUACUUAAACCAACCACGACACUCAAAGUGCCUUCCCUUCAAAAUAAAAGCUGAAAGAAAUUGUCAGACUUGUAUCCUCUGCACAGUGCCUUCAAAAUAAAAGCUUGAAUUCAAUAAAUAGUUAAUAGACAUUUAUAUGCAAAAUAGUAGUCCAUAAGUGACCAUAUACUCUCACUGCUAUGCACAUAAUUAUCUCAUUUUGUAUAAGCUAAAAAGGUCUUGAUCGUUUCUGUCAAAGUGUGAACCUCAAACCCAUUUAUUUCCACAUAUUUUUGAUGUAUUUUGUAUUUCCUGCACUGUUGGACUGCUGAACGCCUCGGGGCCGUUCUGUACAAACUGAAAUGUAUUUUUUUGAUAAUUUUGGAUCAGAUUUUAGCCUUUUGGACAAAACCCGGGCGCUUCGGGAGAUUCUUCGUUUGUGGAUAUUUAAAUGAGCCAAAGCUACAACGUCCACUUCCUGUCCGCCCGCGUCCCUCUGCCUUCAAAAUAAAAGCUGCUUCUUAUUAUUUACGUUUUGGCACAAAGUUGUUUUAGGGGAUAUUAGCAGUGAUCCUUCAAAAUAAAACUGCUUCUUCAUACUACUUUUGAAGCCAAUUUGCAAUCUGCCUUGAAAAUAAGAGUAUUAAGUAAAUGUGAUCCAACCCAAAGCUGGCCAUUUUUAAAACUUCAAAAUAAAAGCACAAAUUUUCCAAACACUAAACCAGUCACUUAUUCUUGUAUUUGACUUUUAGAAUUUAUGUCUUUUGGACAUAUUUGCAUUAGACUUUCACUAGUUCAAAUGACGCUAAAAACAAUAGCUGCUAGAUUCAAAGCUGACAUAUGUUUUUGUUGAAAACAUUCAAAUUUAUCCGAUGAAGGUGAAUGGACUGAGAGGGGCGCUUCUGGAUCACCACCUGAUGAUGUCACAAGGUGGAACAGAGUGUUGUGAGCUGUGCAGAGGGAGACAGGAUUACUCAAACAUGUGUGAAUGAAACAAAACACAACUCCAGGAUGUGUCUUAGGAGGUCACUACAUUAGAACAGGUUUAAAGUCCCACUGUUGGACAUUUCACCACAUUAGAACAAGGUUCAGUCUCACACUAUCUAAAGAAGCUUUUCUUUAUUCAGUACUUACUAGCUGCAUUCUUUUAAAAAAAUCACUUUCAAAAUACAAAGCUUUAAAGUCUUUUAUUUUGAAGUUUGUUGCUUCCUGUCGCUGCUCCGGGACGCGGUGGAGUCCGGACCGAAGCCAAGGUCCAGUUUGAUUUGUACAAAAAUAAAAUACUUUUCUAUUACACUGUACAUGGAUCAUAAUAAAUAUAUAAACU